UAAUAAAUGGACUGGAAAAUUUUUGCGUUGCUUAUUGCAACGAACAUAUGAUGCUCAUGCGUAUUUAUGAUCUUAUGUCCAUUCUUGCCUAUUGAAUUUGGCAAGUUUGGAUUCAAAGAAUCUACUUUUGGAUAUAUUUACUCAAUUUAUGCUUUUACUAUUAUGCUGUUUUCUUUUGUUUCAGUGAGAUUGAUGGCAAUGUUUGGGAGAAAGAAAACUUUAUUAACUGGGAUUGCGACAAUGAUAUUAUCUUGCCUUUGCUUUGCAGCUUCAGACUCAAACAGCUAUUUGUGCAAUCAUAUUCAAGAUAAAAGAUAUUUGGUCUAUUUAUUGAUGAUUUUUCGUGUUUUUCAAGGAGCUUCAGCUUCGAUGAUACAAACGUCUACAUUUUCCAUUAUAAAUGUUUCUUUUACCCAAAAUAAAAUGAAAUAUCUAGGAUUUGGAGAAGCUGCAAAAGGAAUUGGAUGCACACUCGGGCCUGCUGUUGGAGCAUGAUUAUAUACAUUUUUAGCUUUUCAGGGCACAUUUUUAAUAGUUGCAGUUCCUUUGAUCAUAUUCUUCCUGCUUUUAGGGGUUUUCCUUCCUAAAUCUGUUGAUGUUACUGAUGAAAAUAAAUCAGGAGGAGAUGUACUCAUAGCUAAUGACAUGUUAUCAAAUGAUGAUAAUGGGAGUAAAAAGGUAUCUCAUUGAGCUCUAUUCUCAAACAAGAUUUAUAUUUUUACUUUAAUUUGAGGAUUGCUUUCAUACUUUGCUCCAAGUAGUUAUGAACCAGUAUUGUCGAUGAGACUCAAAGAGUUUAACCUUACUGAUCUGGAAGUUGGCUGAGUUUUUGCAAUUACACCUUUCUGAUUCUUCUUAAUGAACUUGAACAUAUCUUAUUUCACACAAAGGUUUGAUAUCAAAAAAUUACUUUUCUUUGGAAUGUUGGCAACAGGAAUUUUUUAUUUCUUGUCAGGCCCAAGCAGAUUUCUACCAAACAGUUUAUUAUUAUUAAUCAUUGGAUUUUUCUGUAGAGGAACAACAUCGAUCUUUUUCUGUAUUCCUGUUCUACCAAUAAUAACAGACAACGGAGUUUCUAGGUAUCCUCAUUUAAAGUACAAAGUGACAGAUAUCUCUUCAGGAGCCUUCAGUUUUGCCCUUGCUCUAGGUCAAUGUUUAGGGCCUCUCUUUGGAAGCUAUUUGACUGAGUAUUUCGGGUUUAGAGACAUGAUGACCGCAGAUGGAUCUAUUUUAGUGGCUUAUUCGCUAUUUUAUUAUAUAUUAUGUAUUACAAAUAAAGGUGAUGAUAAAAAUAGCAAGUCAGAUAUCGAAGAUAAUAUGAAGAGCAGUUAUAAAACUAAUGAUAGUUUGACAAAGAAAGAGACUUAAAAUUAACAUUUAAUGCAUUCUAAAAUUGAAGGAAAGAGCUAAACUUUAUU